AAACUGGCUCUCCUGAUCUUAUACAGCAUCCACACUGCUUCUGCAGCCUUUCACUCUCUGAAGUACUUCUACACUGGUGUCACACUGGGUAUUGACUUCCCAGAGUUCAUUACUGUGGGUAUGGUGGACGAUGAGCCGUUUUCAUACUAUGACAGCAUCGUCAGGAGGGAGAUCUCCAGAACGGAGUGGAUAAAGAAGAAUGUGGGAGCAGAUUACUGUGAGAAUAAUACUCAGAUAUCAAUUGCUGCACAGCAGAUCUUCAAAAACAAUAUUGGAAUUUUAAUGUAACGUUUCAACCAGACUUGGGGUGCGCACACACUUCAGUACAUGUAUGGCUGUGAGUGGGAUGAAGAGACCGGGGCCACAGAAGGGUUCCUUCAGUAUGGAUACGACGGGGAAGACUUCCUUGCUUAUGACACACUAUCCUCACUUUUCAUUGCUCCUGUGCAGCAGGCGUUUAUCUCUGCACUAAAGCUGAAUCGUGACACAGCUCUGCUUCAGAUCUACAAGCAGUACCUGACCCAGGAGUGUGUUGAGUGGCUGAAGAAGUAUGUGAGCUACGGGAAGAGCAUUCUGGAGAGAACAGUUAAGCCUGAGGACUCUCCUGUUACCUGUCAUGUGACCGGAUUCUACCCCCGUUACAUCAUUGUAACCUGGCAGAGAAACAGAGAGGACCUGGAUUACGACGUAGAGGUGGGGGAGACGGUGCCUAACAUGGACGGAACGUUCCAGACCACGUCUCACCUGAAGCCUCAGGACUGGAAGAGGGACAGAUACACCUGCACUGUCCAGCACAAGUCCCUACAAGAGGACAUCAUUCUGCCUGUCACAGAGGAGAAAACCGAGACCAACAAAUUUUUUAUUUGA